GGGCAAAUAGAGCAGUGACUAAUUCGGAGGCAUCGCGGUUCGACUGGGAUACCUCGUGGUAUCUAACGGUGCAAGUCGUCUGCACGAUCGUCGUCGUGGUUAUAGUAUAUACCUAGGUAACUAUAGUCGUGUGUAAACUCAACUCGUAAGUCGCUACCGCAGCUUCAUAUACGUUUCGUGCGCAUAAUAAUAUUACAGAAAAGAUAAAUUUAAUUUAUUAUCGUCUUGACCGCCGGACCCUUUGUUCCGCCGUUAAUAGAUCGUCGUAUUUGUGUUUGUAUUUAUUUAAAUUCGUGUGGAUCGUCCGAUGUAUUUUAUUCCAUUCCUUCCGUCAGUUUGGUGCGCAUACUAGGCCGUAAACUAUAUUUUUACUGUAUUAUACUUGACGAUAGGUCGUCGUAUUACAGAAGAUUAGACAGCCGUAUUUUAAAUAAAGUGUCUGAAGAUCGAAUGCAUUUGUUAUUACUGGGUGUCAUAUAAUGUCUCGUAGUCACAUUAUAGCAUGCUCGUUGACGUGUUGAUGAAUGAUCCACGUGCACGUCAUUUUCAGCUGAAUUUCAAGUCUUGCAGGUGUUUUUUUUUUUUUUUGUCACUGGUCGACGGCACGAACAAUUUAUUUCAAAAGCAACAACGGCUGAUGAAAAAUUUUAAAUGAUUGCGGUCAUCUAGCAGUGAUGGAGUUGUUUCCAGUGGUCUCUAUAGUUUUUUUAUGCACCAUCGUGGUUACUAAAGCAACAUUUGAAAACGAUGGAAAUCUUGAAGCAUUACUAAAUCACGUUUUAUGGGAACCUACUACGAGCAGUUCACCGACCACAGAAGAAGAUAAAGUCGCUCCAUAUUUUGACGAAACAUCUCCACACAAUAACGUCACAGUCCAAAUUGGAGCAAAUGUUGACCUCCAUUGCAAAGUGAACCGUUUAAAUGACAAAACGGUAUCGUGGGUUCGAAGGGCAGGUGAUAAGAUGCAACUACUUUCAUUUGGCCACCACGUAUACAGCACAGAUCAGCGUUACGAACUUUUAUUUAAAGACCCAAACGAUUGGCAACUCCGUAUAUCUUAUCUGAAUGAAAGGGAUGGAGGUCAUUAUGAGUGCCAAGUAUCAACUCAUCCACCAAUCGCAUUCACCGUUUACCUAGCUAUUAUAGUGCCUCAAUUGGAAAUAACAGAUGAAAGAGGCGUACAAGUGAAAGACAAAUUCUACUAUGUGGGUAGUACUAUAGAGCUAAAAUGCUAUAUAACCAAAGUACCCCAACCAAGUCAAUUCAUUGUAUGGCGUCACGAGACGACAAGCCUAAAUUACGAUACAAGCCGAGGCGGAAUCAGCGUGAAAACCGAUAUACUGACAAAUGGCGCGAAGAGCAGGCUUUUUAUUGCCAACGCACAAACUUCUGACUCGGGAAAGUACACUUGUUCACUAACUGAUAUAGCAAGCACAUCAGUUACAGUACACGUAUUAAACGGAGAAACUCCAGCCGCAAUGCAACACGGCGGUAGCAAUCGGUGUGGUAGACUACAUUCACUAUGGGUGAUCAUCACAUUUGCAUGGAUAUUGUUUCAAUUAAGUUGACAUGAUUAAUACGCAAAUAUGCACUGUGUUCCAGACCGAUAUGUUACUUAUUAUAAUUAACUAUUGUUAACUUGAAUCAUAAAAGGAAAACCAAAAUAAUCCCGAUAACCCGACGGACAUGGAUAUUAAAUUGAUCGAUUGAUACCGAAUGUAUACAUAAUAUUAUUAUUUAAGGAUUGCAUGUAAUGUAUUAUAAUAUUAUUAUACUCGUAUGUUGUCUUUGUUGAGUUUUUAAUCACUCUGUAUUUAUAUUUGUAUUAUAUAAAAUCUAUAACUCCUAUCACAGUUAUUAUUACUAUUAUUAUUAUUAUUAUUACUAUGAUUAUUAAUAUUAUUAUACUUAAUUAUUUAAAAAAAAAAAAAAUAAAAAAAAAAACCUAUUAAAUAUUAUACUGAUAAUUUUAGAUGAAAAUUAAUAAAUUACAGCUUGUAUAAAUUAAACGAUACAUACGUUACGUACUAUAAUUUCAGAGUUGGUGUUUUAUUUUUCACCGUUUCGUCUAACAUAAGGUUUGUAUCACUGAUUUACCCGAUUAUAUUAUACAUAUAGUUACCUACCUAAUCGAAUAAUAAUAUAUUAUAUUUCUGAAACGUAGACUUUAUGAA